AUGAAUCCUCUGAUGCUCCUGUAAGGCUUCAGAAGGAUCAUACUUCCCCAUACCUCUAUUCAUCAGUAGCACAGAGGAGCUACUAUCACCUGUUUGGUCAUAAGUUAGUGUUUUCACCAGUUGCACAGAGGAGCUACGAUCAUCUGAGCUCCAUACUACAAAUGUAGUUUGAGGAGUUAGCAAGGUAACUUUGGUCAACUCUUGAGUUCAACUCGGGAUAACUGGUACCACAAAAGUGGCUCACAUUUUAGCCAGGUACAUUUCUAUGACAACGAAUCCUUCAGAACUAACCUGCUCCGGGGCAGGCUAACUCAGGGCUAACUACAUUUAUCCUGAAUGAAAUGACUGGGCCGCAAGUUGAGGACCAAAUAAAUAAAAUUCCUUCCCUCUCGCAAAGAUUGCGUCAUCAUCCACUUCAUUUGAGGAAGACACCUGAUUUAAGUAUUUGAUUAAUCAAAUGUGUUUCUGUGUGUUAAAAAAUAGUAAUGUUAAAAUACCUAUCACAUUACACAUUUAAUAUUUACAAAUGCAUUUGAAACUUCAUGCACAGUAAAACUUUUGGCAGGUGGAAGAGCAUCCACUAUGGAUGGAGUCUGAGCUGGAAUGUGAAGAAGCUAGCUUUAGGAAACCCUGAGAAUAUCUAGCUUGCUUGGUAGUAUUACCCCUCUGUUUGGUCAUACGUUAGUAUUUUCACCAGUUGCACAGAGGAGCUACGAUCACCUGUUUGAGUUAGUCAUUUCCAGGCAUUGGAAGCUGGUGUCAACUGUUCACAGGGUUCGUAGGUUACUUUGUAAAUGUAGGCCUAAUCCGUUACAAUUACUAGUUAUCUGUCUAAAAUAAUCAGUAAUCAGUAAUGUAACUUUUAGAUUACUUUCCCCUUAAGAGGAAUUAGAAGAAGACAAACUGAAUAUUACCAAUUGACAUCUAUUGCAGGAUAAUCAAUGUUAGAGUUUACAUAGUUGGCCGUCAAUGGAUGUUGCAUUUUACUUUAUGGGUUGGUUAUGUAGGCUUCUUCUAACCCAUUGCAUUAUUUUAAUACAGCUACUAAUAUGAUUAGGCUAUAUCUUUACAUUGAAAACCAAAGUCUGUCAGAUUUCCAGUCAUUACAAUUUUUUUAAUACCCCUUGAUCUUCAAAAAUAGGACUUGGGAAUAUAGAAAUAUAAAUGCCAAAUUGUUUUACCUUAGCAUACCCCAAAAACUAAGGACUUAUUAGCCUACUCUGUUUUUUAUUUAUUUUAUUUAACCUUUAUUUAACCACAUACGAGAGAUAAAGAUAGGGAGAUAAAGAUACAGGGAGAGAUAAUGUUAGAGAGAUAAAGAUAGAGAGAUACAGUUAGAGAGAGAGAUAAAGAUAGGGGGAUAAAGUUAGAGAGAGAGAUAAAGAUAGAGAGAUAAAGUUAGAGAGAGAGAUAAAGAUAGAGAUAAGUUGAGAGAUAAAGUAGAGGAGAUAAAGAUAGGGAUAAAGUUAGAGAGAGAGAUACAGAUAGAGAGAUAAAGUUAGAGAGAGAGAUAAAGAUAGGGAGAUAAAGUUAGAGAGAGAGAUAAAGAUAGAGAGAUAAAGUUAGAGAGAGAGAUAAAGACAGAGAGAUAAAGUUAGAGAGAGAGAUAAAGACAUAGAGAUAAAGUUAGAGAGAGAUAAAGAUAGAGAGAUAAAGUUAUAGAGAGAGAUAAAGAUAGAGAGAUAAAGUUAGAGAGAGAUAAAGAUAGGGAGAUAACGUUAGAGAGAGAGAGAUAAAGAUAGAGAGAUAAAGUUAGAGAGAGAGAUAAAGAUAGGGAGAUAAAGUUAGAGAGAGAUACAGAUAGAGAGAUAAAGUUAGAGAGAGAGAUAAAGAUAGAGAGAUACAGUUAGAGAGAGAGAUAAAGAUAGAGAGAUACAGUUAGAGAGAGAGAUAAAGAUAGGGAGAUACAGUUAGAGCAGCGGAAGAUAGCGAGCGUAAGUUAGAGAGAGGAAUAAAGUAGGAGAUCAGUUAGGAGCGGAUAGAUAGAGAGAUACAGUAGAGAGAGAGAUAAUGAUAGGGGAUAUAAUUUCAGAGAGAGCUCCGCUCGCGACGGAGAUCCCGUUCCCGUGAGCGGAGAUAAGAUAGGAGUACAGUUCGCGCGAGCUCCCGCUGCUCCUUUAAAGAUAGGAGCUACAGUUAGAGCGAGAGAUAAAGACAGAGACAUCCAGUUGAGCAGAGAUCAAGAUAGAGCGAUUACAGUUAGCAGAGACAGAGAAUACAGUAUAGGGAGAUCCCGUUAGAGAGUAGAAGAGAUAAAGAUAGGGAGAUAAAGUUAUAGAGAGAGAUAAAGGUAGAGAGAGAUUUUAUUUUUAUUUUAUUUCACCUUUAUUUAACCAGGUAAGCCAGUUGAGAACAAGUUCUCAUUUACAACUGCGACCUGGCCAAGAUAAAGCAAAGCAGUGCGAUUAAAAACAACAACAGAGUUACAUAUGGGGUAAACAAAACGUACAGUCAAUAACACAAUAGAAAAUCUAUAUACAGUGUGUGCAAAUGUAGUAAGUUAUGGAGGUAAGGCAAUAAAUAGGCCAUAGUGAAAAAUAAUUACAAUUAGUAUUAACACUGGAAUGAUAGAUGUGCAAGAGAUGAUGUGCAAAUAGAGAUACUGGGGUGCAAAUGAGCAAAAUAAAUAACAAUGUAAAUAAUGUCGUAGCCGGCCGCGACUGGGAGACCCAUGGGGCGGCGCACAAUUGGCCCAGCGUCGUCCAGGGUAGGGGAGGGAAUGGCCGGCAGGGAUGUAGAUCAGUUGGUAGAGCAUAUCGUUUGCAACGCCAGGGUGGUGGGUUCGAUUCCCACAGGGGGGCAGUAUAAAAAAUGACUUUAAAAAAUAUAUUUAAAACAUUUUAUUAUAUUGUUUAAGACCUUGAGCGUGGCUGAGGUGCACCCAUGACCAGCUCGGAAACCAGAUCGCAUAGCGGAGAAGGUACGGUGGGAUUCGAAAUGGUCGGUGAUCUGUUUGUUAACUUGGCUUUCAAAUACUUUUCGAAAGGCAGGGCAGGAUGGAUAUAGGUCUGUAACAGUUUGGAUCUAGAGUGUCACCCCCUUUGAAGAGGGGGAUGACCGCGGCAGCUUUCCAAUCUCUGGGGAUCUCAGACGUUACAAAAGAGAGGUUGAACAGGCUAGUAAUAGGGGUUGCGACAAUUUUGGCGGCUAAUUUUAGAAAGAAAGGGUCCAGAUUGUCUAGCCCAGCUGAUUUGUAGGGGCAGUCUAGUCUGGGGUGAACAAGGGGCUAUAUAUAUUCUUAGUUCUGAAUUUUUUGAAUGGGGCAUGCUUAUUUAAGAUGGAGAGGAAAGCACUUUUGAAGAACAUCCAGGCAUCCUCUACUGACGGAAUGAGGUCAAUAUCCAUCCAGGAUAACCGGGCCAGGUCAAUUAGAAAGGCCUGCUCGCUAAAGUGUUUUAGGGAGCGUUUGACAGUGAUGAGGGUUGGUCGUUUGACCGCGGACCCAUUACGGACGCAGGCAAUGAAGCAGUGAUCGCUGAGAUCCUGGUUGAAGACAGCGGAGGUGUAUUUAGAGGGUAAAUUAGUCAGGAUGAUAUCUAUGAGGGUGCCCAUGUUUACGGAUUUAGGGUUGUACCUGGUAGGUUCCUUGAUAAUUUGUGUGAGAUUGAGGGCAUCUAGUUUAGAUUGUAGGAUGGCCGGGGUGUUAAGCAUAUCCCAGUUUUAGGUCACCAAGCAGUACGAACUCAGUUCACAUAUGGUGUCCAGGGCACAGCUGGGGGCUGAGGGGGGGUCUGUAGCAAGCGGCGACAGUGAGAAACUUAUUUCUGUAAAGGUGGAUUUUUAGAAGUAGAAGCUCAAACUGUUUGGGCACAGACCUGGAUAGUACGAUAGAGCUCUGCAGGCUAUCUCUACAGUAGAUUGCAACUCCGCCCCCCUUGUUGUUUAUGAUUUGGUUGUCAUGGAGGACUGAUUGUGGCUCAUUGUUUCGAGUUGAAAAAGAAACGCUGCUCUUACGGGAUAGCAUGCUUUGAGCACUAUCAAAAAGUGCUAUUUGCAUGUGGAAAAAUGGAAGCUGCAUAGGCCUUAUUGUUUACGUGUGUUGGUGACACUUUGAUAUCUCGAUCAUUUGCAGCUGGAUAAGUCUAUCAAAGAAAAGUGCGAGUUUGAGCGUGUGUCUGUUAGGUCUAUGGAUUUUUCUUUUAUCAGCAUGAAAUAGAUCGAGCAGUUAAAGUCUUCUUAAAUGAAAACUGUUUUUUUUUUACAGUAUGGAGCACAACACCAUGGAUGAGGUUAGAAGGGAGGGAGAGGAACUCCCUCAGACUGUUGUUCCGUAGGCUGGGAUCCACACUAUGCAGCUGUUGUUGAAGAGGUCCUCUGUAGCUCAGCUGGUAGAGCACGGCGCUUGUAACGCCAGGGUAGUGGGUUCGAUCCCCGGGAUACACCCAUACACAAAAAUGUAUGCACACACGACUGUAAGUUUCUUUGGAUAAAAGCGUCUGCUAAAUGGCAUAUUAUUAUAUAUUACUGUUGCAACAGCGCAUUUUUCACUGACUGUCCACUGGUCGCAAAAAAAACAACAAUGAUUGAUAGGCAGCUUAAAUUUCUUCAAUUCAACCAUUAUUGGGUUAACAUUCACAUACACCAGAGAAACAGACAGUUUAAUGUACUGAGUGUACAAAACAUUAGGAACACAACUAAUAUUGAGUUGCACCCCCUUUUGCCCUCAGAACAGCUUCAAUUCCACAGAGAUGCUGGCCCAUGUUGACUCCAAUGCUUCCCACAGUUGGCUGGAUGUCCUUUGGGUGGUGGACCAUUCUUGAUACACACGGGAAACUGUUGAGCGUGAAAACCCAGCAGCGUUAAAGAUCUUGACACACUUAAACCGGUGCGCCUGGCACCUGCUACCAUACCCCGUUCAAAGGCACUUCAAUAUUUUGUCUUGCCCAUUCACCCGUCUGAAUGGCACACAUACACAUCCAUGUUUCAAUUGUCUCAAGGCUUAAAAAUCCUUCUUUAACCUGUCUCCUCCCCUUCAUCUACACUGAUUGAAGUGGAUUUAACAAGUUACAUCAAUAAGGGAUCAUAGCUUUCACCUGGAUUCACCUGGUCAGUCUAUGUCAUGGAAAGAGCAGGUGUUCUUAAUGUUUUGUACACUCAGGGUACAUUUGAACAGCCAUCCACAACAACCACAAUCCGUAAGGAGCAAAUAGCUAAAUGAGAGCGCAGCAGUGUGAUUCACAUCAAUGCGCUAUGUAGACAUCAAUAUUAAGUGAUAUCCAUAUCACCCAUAGACUACACCACUGCUGUCGUCCUUACCUCCAAGCGUUUAUUCAAGUUGGAAAAUCUUCGGAUACCGACAGCAGUCGCACCAUUGGAUGCCGACAUCAGUCAUCCCCAUUGGAUGCCGACAGCAGGAUGCCGACAUCAGUCGCACCAUUGGAUGCCGACAUCAGUCGCACCAUUGGAUGCCGACAUCAGUCGCACCAUUGGAUGCCGACAGCAGGAUGCCGACAUCAGUCGCACCAUUGGAUGCCGACAUCAGUCGCACCAUUGGUAGACAGGACUGCAGCCUUUUUAUUCUUGCUCUUUUCCUGCAAUCCAUCAAACACAUUUGGUGUGACAUCAUAGGGGUCAGACUUGGGGUCAGACUCACUCAGGUAGAUUUUAUUUUUAUUUUUUACUUGCGCCUUUUUUCAAUGCUGAUUUUAAUGUGAUUGAGAAAACAGAAAGGUGUCAAAUAUUUCGCAAACAUCCUUUCUGAAUUUAAAUGUCAUCCUAGAAGUAAGCAUAUACUUUUCAAAAGUAUCUGUAAUCUGAUUACAAUAUAUUUGCUGUUAACGUAACAGAUUAGAGUUAUAGUUUUGGGGUAAGCCGUUCCAUGUAGUGAGUUACUCCCCAUCCCUGACUGCUCAGAUGUUAAAUCCAAGGCAUUGGAUUUUUCAACCGUUCCCUUUAUUUCUAACAUUGCUCUCUCCAUCACCACAGUCGAUCGAAAUCGGCCCCCGACCAGGCGGGUCAAUCUCUGGGUCAGGUCCUGGAUGAGUCCCCUUACCUGGAGCCUUUCCUCCACGAGCUCCAUGAUGAGGAGCAACAGCGCCCUCUGGAGGACAGCCCCCUGCCCCACAUGCUGCUGCCCCAUCACUCCCAAAGCCUGGAGCUGAUGGACAAGAUGGACCGCAAGCUGAAGAAGAAACGACGCAACAAGCAGAAGAAACACCAGAGAAACAGACAGUUUAAUGACCUCUGGGUCCGCAUCGAGGAGAGGUGAGAGAGCACUGUGACGGUUGUGCUGUGUGUGUAAAUGAUCUAGUGAUACAAGUCCUAAAGCCUUUAGUAUUAGAGUGUGCCUCAGUUGGGUCAUUGGUUCAAUUUCCACAGAGAUCGCUUUUGGAUAAAAGCGUCUGCUAAAUGGUAUAUGUUAAAUGACUACGGGUGGUAAUUAGAUGCGAUGUGUGUUCUUUAGAAUGUGACACCACAGGCAUUACAUUAACCUCAUCUUAGAUGUCAAGACAGUUGGUUCAGUUCAUCUCGUCUCAGGUAGGUAUCACUUCACUGCUUAAGUCUUGUCAGUACUUGGGGGGUUACUGCUCUGUCUAGGGGAUCUAACCUCUAACAGACGCUUCCUGAUAGAAAUCCUGCAGGCACAACCACACAUCAUAUCACAUCACAACCACCAUACGUCUCCAACACACAUGUUAUUUAUGGGAAUUCGUCCAGACUGGUUCUCUAUUGGUUCAGUGUUAUGGAUCCUGAGAAGGAAACACAUCCAGGAGGUUGGGUAGCUGCAGGUAAGAGACCUUUGUGACAAAAACAUGAUCCUAUUUUGAGAAAUUUUAAUACGAUCACAAAGAGAGCGUUGUUGAAUUUGCUAUAAAGAACAACCACAUGAUUGUUACUUGGUUGAUUCUCUGACUGACUGGUUAUUUAUAAAUACAGGGCCAGUUUCCUAAACCUGGACUGAAAAGCUCAAUGGAAAAUGUCAAUUGAAAGGGAAACCAGCCCUUAGUUUAAUUCAAAAUAUCCAGGAAUUAUUGUAGACAUGUAAGUCAUGUUAUAACUUGACCAAUGUAGCUUUUUAACUUUCAAGGCUGACAAAAAAUUCAAAAUAAUCAUUUUAGUCAAAAUAAUUGAACAAGUACAUUCAGUUGUCUUCCUCCACGCGGCCAAUAGUAGUUGUCAAAUCUGUCCUGAGGCGAUGGGUGGAAACUGGUUCCAGAUUCAAACCGGCCAGCCGUUUGUUGAGCCCAAAUGGAGGCCGUCUGUUGACACAGAUGGAGGAUAUGAAUGUAAUUUACAAUUUCAAACACUGAAACAAUUUAUCCCAACUUCCAUUUCGGUGUUUCUGCCUGCUGAAAGUCCAGGGUCUGUCGGACGGACGGCUCGCUCCACUCCUUGAAGCCCUCCUGUCAGCCAGAAACCGUUUCCAGACUUGAUUUAUUUAUUCUCCUGUUUACUGUGUCUGGUUUAGUUAGAGAACAUACCAUGAACAUUUAGCAUGCAUUCCAAAUGGCCCCCCUAUUCACUAUGGGCUCUGGUCAAAAGUAGUGCACUAUAAAGGGAAAUGGGAUGCCAUUUGUGACGCAGCCAUAGACAAUCCCAGUCCUGAAAUGAAAAUAACCUGAAGUUUCUAGACACAUUUUCCCCCAAAGUCUACUUCAGACGUUUGUAUAUUAUGUCUGAAAAAAUGUUUUAAUUUGGUACAUUAAUAAUAAUUAAUAUUCAGGGCUUUGAUUCAGGAAAGUAGCCUGCAGAGUUUCCCUCUAAACAUAUGGCUGUGCGUCCCAAAUGGGACCCUAUUCCCUAUGUAGUGCACUACUUUUGACCAGAUGCCUGUAUAGGGAAUAGGGUGCCAUUUGGGACAUAAGCACAGUGUGUUUCCAGUAGAGAGGAACGUCUCUCCAGUUGAUUUGACGCGUGGCCACAUACAGACAUUUACGUCAUUUAGCAGACUUACAGUAGCGAGUGCAUACAUCUUCAUGCUGGUGCCCCCCCGUGGGAUCGAACCCACAACCCUGGCGUUGCAAGUGCCAUGCCCUACCAAGUGAGGCACACCGGACUGAUUACGUCAGACCCGAUUGCACCUACUGAGUCCACUGGGCAACGCUUUUGUGAUGCAGGUUUUAACUCAAAUAAACCUGCUUCCGUCCCAAAUGGCACCCUAUUCCCUGUAUAGUGCAUGACCAGGGAUCAUCAUAGGGCUCUGGUCAAAAGUAGUGCACUAUAUAGGAAAUAGGGUGCUAUUUGGGACGCACCCCUGCUUAAAGGCUCAGUCAGAACUCCAGAUAAUAAAACAGAAAAAAAAUGAAUAACUAUUCUGAAUGUGACUUUCUAAUGCGAUCAGCAAUCCAGCCGUAGGCCAAAUCCAUGAAAACAUCCUGCCUGCUGUUGCCAAGGCCAAUCAAUGAAAACAAAAUAUUAUUAACUACAAGCAUAUGCCCAGUGAUGAAAAGAGUUGUAUUCCAGACUGAUUAAAUGUGCUGGGUCAUUUGGACCUCUGGUCAGUCCAACGAGAGAGUCUGAAAUGGCACCCUAUUCCCUAUAUAUAGUGCACUACUUUUGACCAGAGGCCUAUGGACCCUGGUUCACUAUUUAGGGAGUAGGGUUCCGUUUUGGGACGCAGCCCCUAGUCAUCACAGGCCUGCUUAUGGCCCAUUACACCUUCAGGGUACUUUACCAGGGUUCAGUCCUUUCCUUUCAAGUAGCAAAAUGUGGCAAUUACAACUUCAAUUGAACACUGUAUAAUGAAUGUAAUUAGAUUUUUUUAGAAUUUCAGUAUAUUUUUUAUUUUCUUUACUUUGUUGACUUUUCUCUCAGCCAAUGACGGCAGGCAGAGAGACCGAUCGGUUUGUUGUGAUUGGCUGAGUCCCAGUCAGCCCGUCCCUAGUUCCUGGUUCUAACGGGCUACAUUAAACGGGACACACUCUUUUCACGCCAUUUCGCCUGGUGGGCGGCGCUAUAGAUUGGCCGUAGAUUUCAGCAUACAUACCGGGUGAGUCAGUCAGUGUCGAUAACUUGUCUCACGUCCGGAUUGUGGAAUCUAUUCAACGCACAGCUAAACCAUAGAGUACUGGUUGGCGAAGCCUAACUACUGUAAUGGAUGAUGCUGUUUCAUCAGGGAGCCACAAAGAUGAAGUAAAAACCCAAUGUAGUCGCUGAAUUCACGUUAUGUGUCCACAGAAUAGAAAGAAGCUAAAAAAAAUGAUUUUAUAUUCCAAUUUCACAUUGUUUAAAGUUGAGAGAUAUCAUUCACGCAAAGUAACGACACUGGGUGUGUAAGUGCGCCUCCAGGACAAUAGGGUAAAGUUAGCCACAUGUAUAUGCCCUCUAAUAACUAAACUCAAUAAAAACAAGGUCAUAACUCCUCCGUUUCUAUUCAUAAUAUCAUUCAUAAAUAUAAUACCAUUUUAAAACAUUUUUUCCAUAAAUAAUAGUUUUUUUUAUUUAUCAGUAUAUUUAAGUUUAAUCAUAACAUUUGUUCUAAUAUUUGUUCUAUCUUUUCUGGAGGAUAAAACUGAAAUUGUAACUAGCUCUGUAUGGCUUGUUUAAGAAAGGGCGAUACUUUAAACAAAAAUUUCAUUUUCAAUUAUUCGUAAUUGAGAAGUUGUAAUCUGUAUAAAGGCAAAAAGGCCAUUUUUGAACAACGGAUGAGCCUUUCUUUAUAAUCUAAUGGAGAACCAAUUUGGGUUUAAGUAUAACUUACAGUGAGGGAAAAAAGUAUUUGAUCCCCUGCUGAUUUUGUAAAUUUGCCCACUGACAAAGAUAUGAUCAGUCUAUAAUUUCAAUGGUAGGUUUAUUUGAACAGUGAGAGACAGAAUAACAACAAAAAAAUCCAGAAAAACGCAUGUCAAAAAUGUUAUAAAUUGAUUUGCAUUUUAAUGAGGGAAAUAAGUAUUUAUAUAUUUUUAAAUGGACUGGAUCUUUAUACUUACCACCUGGGUCCUGUUUUAAUAGUAAGGAAAUCAGACCUUCUUGUUGACUACAUGAAAGUCUACAAUUUUUAUAGGAGUAAUUAAAACAUGCUAAUAAUGGAUCUUUGAGUACAUCAAAAAAAGGUCUGACAUACCUCUACUGGUGUACCAUCAAGCCCUGGUGUUUUUCCAGAGUGAAAAGUUCCUCUUCUGUAAGUUGGCCUUCACAAAGGUCAUUCUGUAAGUUGGCCUUCACGCAGGUCAUUCUGUAAGUUGGCCUUCACGCAGGUCAUUCUGUAAGUUGGCCUUCACACAGGUCAUUCUGUAAAUUGACCACAGGUCAUUCUGUAAGUUGGCCUUCACACAGGUCAUUCUGUAAAUUGGCCACAGGUCAUUCUGUAAAUUGACCACAGGUUAUUCUGUAAAUUGGCCACAGGUCAUUCUGUAAAUUGGCCACAGGUCAUUCUGUAAAUUGGCCACAGGUCAUUCUGUAAAUUGGCCACAGGUCAUUCUGUAAAUUGGCCACAGGUCAUUCUGUAAAUUGGCCACAGGUCAUUCUGUAAAUUGGCCACAGGUCAUUCUGUAAAUUGGCCACAGGUCAUUCUGUAAGUUGGCCACAGGUCAUUCUGUGAAUUUGUUAAUUUUACAUUAUUAUACAUCAUCUACAGUGGGGAGAACAAGUAUUUGAUACACUGCCGAUUUUGCAGGUUUUCCUACUUACAAAGCAUGUAGAGGUCUGUAAUUUUUAUCAUAGGUACACUUCAACUGUGAGAGACGGAAUCUAAAACAAAAAUCCAGAAAAUCACAUUGUAUGAUUUUUAAGUAAUUAAUUUGCAUUGUAUUGCAUGACAUAAGUAUUUGAUACAUCAGAAAAGCAGAACUUAAUAUUUGGUACAAAAUUCUUUGUUUGCAAUUACAGAGAUCAUACGUUUCCUGUAGGUCUUGACCAGGUUUGCACACACUGCAGCAGGGAUUUUGUCCCACUCCUCCAUACAGACCUUCUCCAGAUCCUUCAGGUUUCGGGGCUGUCGCUGGGAAAUACAGACAUUCAGCUCCCUCCAAAGAUUUUCUAUUGGGUUCAGGUCUGGAGACUGGCUAGGCCACUCCAGGACCUUGAUAUGCUUCUUACGGAGCCACUCCUUAGUUGCCCUGGCUGUGUGUUUCGGGUCGUUGUCAUGCUGGAAGACCCAGCCACGACCCAUCUUCAAUGCUCUUACUGAGGGAAGGAGGUUGUUGGCCAAGAUCUCGCGAUACAUGGCCCCAUCCAUCCUCCCCUCAAUAAGGUGCAGUCGUCCUCUCCCCUUUGCAGAAAAACAUCCCCAAAGAAUGAUGUUUCCACCUCCAUGCUUCACGGUUGGGAUGGUGUUCUUGGGGUUGUACUCAACCUUCUUCUUCCUCCAAACACGGCGAGUGGAGUUUAGACCAAAAAGCUCUAUUUUUGUCUCAUCAGACCACAUGACCUUCUCCCAUUCCUCCUCUGGAUCAUCCAGAAGGUCAUUGGCAAACUUCAGACGGGCCUGGACAUGCGCUGGCUUGAGCAGGGGGACCUUGCGUGCGCUGCAGGAUUUUAAUCCAUGACGGCGUAGUGUGUUACUAAUGGUUUUCUUUGAGACUGUGGUCCCAGUUAUCUUCAGGUCAUUGACCAGGUCCUGCCAUGUAGUUCUGGGCUGAUCCCUCACCUUCCUCAUGAUCAUUGAUGCCCCACGAGGUGAGAUCUUGCAUGGAGCCCCAGACCGAGGGUGAUUGACCGUCAUCUUGAACUUCUUCCAUUUCUUAAUAAUUGCGCCAACAGUUGUUGCCUUCUCACCAAGCUGCUUGUUUAUUGUCCUGUAGCCCAUCCCAGCCUUGUGCAGGUCUACAAUUUUAUCCCUGAUGUCCUUACACAGCUCUCUGGUCUUGGCCAUUGUGGAGAGGUUGGAGUCUGUUUGAUUGAGUGUGUGGACAGGUGUCUUUUAUACAGGUAACGAGUUCAAACAGGUGCAGUUAAUACAGGUAAUGAGUGGAGAACAGGAGGGCUUCUUUAAGAAAAACUAACAGGUCUGUGAGAGCCGGAAUUCUUACUGGUUGGUAGGUGAUCAAAUACUUAUGUCAUGCAAUAAAAUGCAAAUUAAUUACUUAAAAAUCAUACAAUGUGAUUUUCUGGAUUUUUGUUUUAGAUUCCGUCUCUCACAGUUGAAGUGUACCUAUGAUAAAAAUUACAGACCUCUACAUGCUUAGUAAGUGGAAAACCUGCAAAAUCGGCAGUGUAUCAAAUACUUGUUCUCCCCACUGUAUAUCUGUAGAGUGGGUUUCCUGUAAACAGUAGAUAUUAUAUUAUUUCUCCUUUAGCAGGUAAAAAUGGAUCUUCUUUUUUUAUACUAUACUUCAAUUAUACUACCACAACCAAUGUUUGUAAACGUAUCAUUAAAAAGCACCAUGAUGGUUAAAUUAUAAAUAGCUGUGCUAUAAUAUUUUCACUGUUAAGCAUACUGUAGCUGCAACUUUGGAAACCUCCAAUUAUCCUAAUAUCCCACCUACUAAACCCCCCCCCCCCCCCCCCACAACACAACUGAUUGGCUCAAACGCAUGAAGAAGGAAAGAUAUUCCACAAAUUAACUUUUAAGAAGGCACACCUGUUAAUUGAAAUGCAUUCCAGAUGACUACCUCAUGAAGCUGGUUGAGAGAAUAAAUAAUAAUAUGCCAUUUAGCAGACGCUUUUAUCCAAAGCGACUUACAGUCAUGCGUGCAUACAUUUUUUUUUUGUGUAUGGGUGGUCCCGGGGUUCGAACCCACUACCUUGGCGUUACAAGCGCCGUGCUCUACCAGCUGAGCUACAAGAGUGUGCAAAGCUGUCAUCAAGGCAAAGGGUGGCUAUCUGGUUACUACAUGAUUCCAUAUGUGUUAUUUCAUUUUUUUGAUGUCUUCACUAUUAUUCUACAAUGUGGAAAAUAGUAAAAAAUAAAAUAAAACCUUUGGACCGGUAGUGUAUAUCGCAAGACCACUUCGUUAUGUCCAUUACAUGCAAGACAUAUUUCAUGUAGUCCUCAUUACAUCCUGUUUUAUUCCCACAAAAAAGUAAGAAGGAAAAAGGAACAUAGAUUCUAACGGCUGCUAAUAACUGCCAGUAGAAAUGUGUCUUAGGCAUCACACCGCUGCGGGGACUUGCAUCCAUUCAUCCACAAGAGCAUUAGUGAGGUCGGGCACUGAUGUUGGGGGAUUAGGCCUGGCUCGCAGUCGGCGUUCCAAUUCAUCCCAAAGGUGUUCGAUGGGGUUGAGGUUAGGGUUCUGUGUAGGCCAGUCAAGUUCUUCCACACCGAUCUCAACAAACAAUUUCUGUAUGGACCUCGCUUUGUGCAAGGUGACAUUGUCAUGCUGAAACAGGAAAGGGCCUUUCCCAAACUGUUGCCACAAAGUUGGAAAGCACAGAAUCAUCUAGAAUGGCAUUGUAUGAAUGUAGCGCAGGGUUCUUCAAUUCCGGUCCUGGAGGGCCGAAACACCUCUGUUUUUCAUCCUCUCCUUCUAAUCAGGGGCUAAUUCAGACCUGGGACACCAGGUGAGUGCAAUUAACUACCAGGUAGAAAUAAAAAACAGAAGUGUUUCGGCCCUCCAGGACCGGAAUUGAAGAACCCUGCUGUAGCGUUAAGACUGCCGUUCACUUGAACUAAGGGGCCGAGCCCAAACCAUGAAAAACAGCCCCAGGCCAUUAUUCCUCCUCCACCAAAUUUUACAGUUGGCACUAUGCAUUGGGGCAGGUAGCGUUCUCCUGGCAUCCGCCAAACCCAGAUUCGUCCGUCGGACUGCCAGAUGGUGAAGCGUGAUUCAUCAAUCCAGUGAACUCAUUUCCACUGCUCCAGAGUCCAAUGGCGGCGAGCUUUACACCGCUCCAGCCAACACUUGGCAUUGCACAUUGUGGUUCUUAGGCUUGUGUGCAGCUGCUCGGCCAUGGAAACACAUUUCAUGAAGCUCCCGAUGAACAGUUCUUGUUCUGACGUUGCUUCCAGAGGCAGUUUGGAACUCGGUAGUGAGUGUUGCAACCUGUGAGUUCAUUGUUCACUUUUGGGAAAACUGGUCCAGCCACUUGGUAGAUAUCUAUCAUUAAUUUAAAUAAAUCUAAACGAUGUUCUGUUAUGAAAGAUUGUAAACUAUAAAGUAUAAACCCACCAGAGCUUAAUUUAUCAAUGAGGUCCCAGGCGGAGUGUUCGCAGUUGAACGUGGACACGCAUUGAAUCCCACACCUACAGUCCACUACCUGGCAACAGUCCACUACCUGACAACAGUCCACUACCUGGCAACAGUCCACUACCUGGAAACAGUCCACUACCUGGCAACAGUCCACUACCUGACAACAGUCCACUACCUGACAACAGUCCAAGGUUCUGGAGUUCUCUGUUUAGCACCUUCAUGUAGUAUUAGCAGUUAAAGGUAGACUCAGUGAGCAGCACCGCAGAUACUGAGAUGAGCGAGAUGCAACACUUCGCUCUCAUUGAGCCUCACACUUCAACGCUCUUAGAUGUUGCGGAAUUUGACCCACUAUGAUGUUUACAUCCUGCAUCUACGUCAUACUGCUGAGUCUACCUUUAAACUAGAAACAUUAUCAAUAUUUGGCAUCAUCAUGUAGAAACAGUUCAACUGGGAACAGUAUCAUAAUUUGGCAUCAUCAUGUAGAAACAGUUCAACUGGGAACAGUAUCAAUAUUUGGCAUCAUCAUGUAGAAACAGUUCAACUGGGAACAGUAUCAUAAUUUGGCAUCAUCAUGUAGAAACAGUUCAACUGGGAACAGUAUCAAUAUUUGGCAUCAUCAUGUAGAAACAGUUCAACUGGGAACAGUAUCAAUAUUUGGCAUCAUCAUGUAGAAACAGUUCAACUGGGAACAGUAUCAAUAUUUGGCGUCAUCAUGUAGAAACAGUUCAACUGGGAACAGUAUCAAUAUUUGGCAUCAUCAUGUAGAAACAGUUCAACUGGGAAAAGUAUCAAUAUUUGGCAUCAUCAUGUAGAAACAGUUCAACUGGGAACAGUAUCAUAAUUUGGCAUCAUCAUGUAGAAACAGUUCAACUGGGAACAGUAUCAAUAUUUGGCAUCAUCAUGUAGAAACAUCCUAUCAAAGAUGAAUCUAACAUGACUCCUAUCCAAGAGGAAUCUAACAUGACUCCUAUCCAAGAUGAAUCUAACAUGACUCCUAUCCACGAUGAAUCUAACAUGACUCCUAUCCAAGAUUAAUCUAACAUGACUCCAACCAAUCUUAAUCUAACAUGACUCCUAUCCAAUCUUAAUCUAACAUGACUCUUAUCCAAGAUUAAUCUAACAUGACUCCUAUCCAAGAUGAAUCUAACAUGACUCCUAUCCAAGAUGAAUCUAACAUGACUCCUAUCCAAUCUUAAUCUAACAUGACUCCUAUCCAAUCUUAAUCUAACAUGACUCCUAUACAAGAUGAAUCUAACAUGACUCCUAUCCAAGAUGAAUCUAACAUGACUCCUAUCCAAGAUGAAUCUAAAAUGACUCCUAUCCAAGAUGAAUCUAACAUGACUCCUAUCCAAGAUGAAUCUAACAUGACUCCUAUCCAAGAUUAAUCUAACAUGACUCCUAUCCAAGAUUAAUCUAACACGACUCCUAUCCAAGAUUAAUCUAACAUGACUCCUAUCCAAGAUGAAUCUAACAUGACUCCUAUCCAAGAUGAAUCUAACAUGACUCCUAUCCAAGAUGAAUUCUAACAUGACUCCUAUCCAAGAUGAAUCUAACAUGACUCCUAUCCACGAUGAAUCUAACAUGACUCCUAUCCAAGAUGAAUCUAACAUGACUCCUAUCCAAUCUUAAUCUAACAUGACUCCUAUCCAAUCUUAAUCUAACAUGACUCUUAUCCAAGAUGAAUCUAACAUGACUCAUAUCCAAGAUGAAUCUAACAUGACUCCUAUCCAAUCUUAAUCUAACAUGACUCCUAUCCAAUCUUAAUCUAACAUGACUCCUAUACAAGAUGAAUCGAACAUGACUCCUAUCCAAGAAGAAUCUAACAUGACUCCUAUCCAAGAUGAAUCUAACAUGACUCCUAUCCAAGAUUAAUCUAACAUGACUCCUAUCCAAUCUUAAUCUAACAUGACUCCUAUCCAAUCUUAAUCUAACAUGACUCCUAUCCAAGAUGAAUCUAACAUGACUCCUAUCCAAGAUGAAUCUAACAUGACUCCUAUCCAAGAUUAAUCUAAGAUGACUCCUAUCCAAGAUGAAUCUAACAUGACUCCUAUCCAAGAUGAAUCUAACUUGACUCCUAUCCAAUCUUAAUCUAACAUGACUCCUAUCCAAGAUGAAUCUAACAUGACUCCUAUCCAAGAUGAAUCUAACAUGACUCCUAUCCAAGAUGAAUCUAACAUGACUCCUAUCCAAGAUGAAUCUAACAUGACUCCUAUCCAAGAUGAAUCUAACAUGACUCCUAUCCACGAUGAAUCUAACAUGACUCCUAUCCAAGAUGAAUCUAACAUGACUCCUAUCCAAUCUUAAUCUAACAUGACUCCUAUCCAAUCUUAAUCUAACAUGACUCUUAUCCAAGAUGAAUCUAACAUGACUCCUAUCCAAGAUGAAUCUAACAUGACUCCUAUCCAAGAUGAAUCUAACAUGACUCCUAUCCAAUCUUAAUCUAACAUGACUCCUAUCCAAUCUUAAUCUAACAUGACUCCUAUACAAGAUGAAUCGAGCAUGACUCCUAUCCAAGAUGAAUCUAACAUGACUCCUAUCCAAGAUGAAUCUAACAUGACUCCUAUUCAAGAUGAAUCUAACAUGACUCCUAUCCAAUCUUAAUCUAACAUGACUCCUAUCCAAUCUUAAUCUAACAUGACUCCUAUCCAAGAUGAAUCUAACAUGACUCCUAUCCAAGAUGAAUCUAACAUGACUCCCAUCCAAGAUUAAUCUAACAUGACUCCUAUCCAAUCUUAAUCUAACAUGACUCCUAUCCAAUAUGAAUCUAACAUGACUCCUAUCCAAGAUGAAUCUAACAUGACUCCCAUCCAAGAUUAAUCUAACAUGACUCCUAUCCAAUCUUAAUCUAACAUGACUCCUAUCCAAUAUGAAUCUAACAUGACUCCUAUCCAAGAUGAAUCUAACAUGACUCCUAUCCAAGAUGAAUCUAACUUGACUCCUAUCCAAUCUUAAUCUAACAUGACUCCUAUCCAAUAUGAAUCUAACAUGACUCCUAUCCAAGAUGAAUCUAACUUGACUCCUAUCCAAGAUGAAUCUAACAUGACUCCUAUCCAAGAUGAAUCUAACAUGACUCCUAUCCAAGAUGAAUCUAACAUGAAUCCUAUCCAAUCUUAAUCUAACAUGACUCCUAUCCAAUCUUAAUCUAACAUGACUCCUAUCCAAGAUGAAUCUAACAUGACUCCUAUCCAAGAUGAAUCUAACAUGACUCCUAUCCAAGAUGAAUCUAACAUGAAUCCUAUCCAAUCUUAAUCUAACAUGACUCCUAUCCAAUCUUAAUCUAACAUGACUCCUAUCCAAGAUGAAUCUAACAUGACUCCUAUCCAAGAUGAAUCUAACAUGAAUCCUAUCCAAUCUUAAUCUAACAUGACUCCUAUCCAAGAUGAAUCUAACAUGAAUCCUAUCCAAUCUUAAUCUAACAUGCAAUCCUCUUGUCUCUCUUGUCUCUCAGCACUACAGUCGAGUCCCCUCCUCCUCCGCUGGUCCGUAUUGUUAAUGGUUACAUCACCGUACGGCCUCACCACCACGACCACGAGAGAGGCCACGCCCACGGCAGAGCCAAUUACAACAGGUUGUUGUCAGACUCCUCCGCCUCUACGCCAUGGUCUUUCCUCUGGUUACUGUUUACAGUGUUGGGUCAUAUCUGGUUUCUCUACUAG